AUGUCCUCGAUAGACCCACCUAUAGGUGCUCUCGUCGAGAUAUCAAACGGUCGGGGAAUCGUCCGUUUCUGCGGAACGACAUCCUUCGCACCAGGCAAAUGGGUUGGGAUCGAGCUGUACGAGCCGAAGGGGAAGAAUGACGGCUCUAUCAACGGGAUCGCAUACUUUUCGUGCAGACCGCUGUGUGGCGUGUUCAUACGUCCAAGCCAGGUAAAAGUCAUCUCUGCUGAACCUGAGCAACUCUCCGUGAGCCGACCUCAUCCAGGCGUCGCGCGAUCCGGGUCUGGUCAUCAGCGUACGCCAAGCACGGGUGUGUCACGCGCUGCGUCCCUCCGUUCGGCCGGUGCAUCGUCGUCAUCGCGUUCGUCAAGUCCAGUGAAGCCCCCGGCUUCGUUGAUGCCCCUUCUUCCAUCCGGAACAGCCAGUCCACGCAUCUCUCGCCUGGCACCACCAUCGUCACCCGUGAAACGCAUCUCUUCGCUCGCUCUUCAACCGCGCAAGUCUUUCCCUCGCACAUCCUCUGGAGACAGCAGCGGUCCUCUUAGUCCUGCACUUCAAACCCCACGUAGCAACCGGUUACCAGUCCAAGACACAACUAUUGUGACGUCCCAACGAGCUACUUCCCCAUUGUCUCUCCCUCCUCAAACCGGGUCACCAACCAGAUCUGAACCUGCCGAACCUCAGCUACCACCCGAACCUGUAGCAGUUUCAUCUCUUCCUUCCCUAACAAGCGGAUCAGUUUCAUCCCCUAUUGUACCUUCCCUGAGUGGUGGACCCCUCCAAGCACCCACCAUACCGGUAUCGAGAGAACCAUCGUCGCAGAGCGUUGCGCGCAGUGUCGAUGAUACAGAGCUUCAAGAACUUCGUGCAAAGACGCGUGUUUUGGAAGCGAGGCGGGCGGAUGACGCGCGACACAUUCGCGAACUUGAGACUCGUCUCUCAGAGGCCGAGUCUUUCGUGGCUAUUAGACCUAAACUACAAGCAAAGCUCAACCAACUCCAAACUGAGCUCAUCGCAACGCGCCGCGAGCUUUCAGACGCGCAACAACUAGCGCAGCUUUCCGAUAACCGUGGCAUAGAUGCCCACGAGCAAUUGGAAAUGGCGAUGUUGGAUAAGGAAGUGGCUGAAGAGAAGGCGGAACUUGCACAGGCAGAACUGGAGGAGACGAAGGAACGACUCGCCCGCAUGGAAGUAGAGUUACAGGUCCUGAAAGAGGGCGGCGCUGCCGGGGAUGAUGGAGAUCCGAACGUCAAGACCUCUUUAGCUUACAUUCAACUGGAGAAGCAUAAUGAGCGUCUCAAGGAGGCACUCAUCCGUUUGCGUGAUAUGUCUCAAGAAACAGAGCAAGAGCAGCGCCAUCAUAUCGCCGAACUAGAGAGAGACAUUGCCGGGAUUGAUGAACUUCAAGAACAACAUGAAUCUACGUUAAUCAAAUUAUCAAAUGCCGAAACACAGAUUGAAGAUUUGAAAUCACAGCUCGAUGUUGCACUCGGAGCAGAAGAUAUGGUGCUUCAUCUCACUGAGCGGACCAUCCAGUACACCGAGAAAAUUGAGGAGAUGCGUAUCACUAUCGAAGACCUUGAGGCCCUCAAGGAACUUAACGAUGAACUCGAAGAGAACCAUGUUGAAGCUGAGAAGGUUUUGCAAGCAGAAAUCGAUUCCAAGGAUGGGCAGAUCCGAGAACAACUCCAGAAAAUCUCAACACUCGAGGAUGCUUGUCAGGAUCUCGACAAUACCAUUGGCCAAUUCCGCGAGCUUGUCCUUCAGCUGCAGAGUGAACUUGAUACGUUAAGGACGCAAACUCAAAACGCACAACACGAAUCCGCUGCUGCCGCUUCUCAGACCGCUGCGAUGAUGUCCCUUAACUUGAAACUACAGUCGUCCGCAGCCAAGAACCAAGCCAAGACAGUCGAGCUUGAGAUUCGCAAGCUCGAGACACGAGAAACACGGGAACUCCUGACUAUCAUACAGCCGUACUUGCCGCAAGUGUACAUGGAGAAUGACAGUGAUGCCACAAGUUGUUACCUCUUCUUCCAGCGCUUAGGGUGGAAGAUAGAUAUCAUCAACAACAUUGUCGGGCAAGCACAUGGGUUACCAGAGUCCCUUAAUGGCUCAGUAUCGGAGACACUUGUUGGUAUCUGUGAGAUGCGCGGUCGUGCUGCUUAUCUUUCUACUCUCUGCAAACGCUUCGCUGCUGUGCUUCGACGAUGCGAUCCAACGUCAUUCUUGAAUGCUGGCAGGAUCUAUCCUGAAGUCGCCCCCAUGGAGAAGCGCAUUGACAUGCAUGUUGAUCUUCUCAGGCGAGACGAAUUCCGAGAAAUGGAAUUCGUCAGCGAUGUUCUCAAAUUGCAAGGCCAGUUUGACCAUCUUGCAGAGACGUAUUUCAAUGGGUACGAUUAUGAUCUUGGUGAAAGAGAACUUGGAUAUGCGCUGUCGUUUGACUACGAUCUCGAUGCCGUCGCUGCUUCGAUCGGUCUAACGAAGACAUCUGUUGCUUCCAUCCUACACGACGAGGACGUUCUUCUCGACAUGGGAGGAUACGAUCCGGAGACUGAGCUCUUCGAACCUUUGCAAAAACUCCUUGAUCAGUGCAAGAGUGCCAAGGUUCUUUCCAAAAAGCUCACCAAACGACUAGAAGAUGUGAUACAGGAUUCGGCAGCUCUCAAGGCACAUUUGGUACCGCACCUCAAGUCCCUCAGUAACGCUGUGCCUGAACUUGUGAACUUCGGUAUAUCUCUCGCUCAACAAGUAAUACCUCACCUCGGCGACGCUCGCAGCGCCAAGUCGUCGUUCCAGCUGACUACCGUAUUGUCGUACGCGAAACAGACGGCCAUGUCUACUGUUGCGAAGGAUAUGCGACCCGGCACUUCCUGGUGGGAAGCCAAUGUAUGGAAGAUUACCGGCACACCACCUUGGGUGGCACGGAUUGAAGAAAUCCGGGCAAGUACUGCCGUCAACGCCGAAGCUGAACGCAAGGCCGCACAACUGCAGGAAGAAGUUCAAGGCCUUGUUCGCACACUGAAGGCCAGAGAUCAGAACCUUCAGGAAGCGAGUGUCAAAAUUGAGCUUAUGGACCGUCGCAUGGAGGCCGUUAAGAAGCAGGCGGAUACUAUUAUCGAACUUGAAAUCGAGCUCUCAAAGGCGAGGAAACAAGAAAGGGCUUACGAGGAGGCUAUGGAACAAUUACAGGCAGAUUUGGAUACAUUAGAGCAAGACAAUUCCAAGCUGAAAGCAAUGGCUGCUCCAGAGAAACAAACGACCGGUAACCAACCUGCAGAACCCGACAAUGCACCUAUCGAAGGCAGCUUUGAAACGUCCCACCUACUUGAUCAGAUCGAGGCUCUUCGUGGGACAGUGCGUUUCUUGCGGACAGAGAACUCGUACCUCAAAGGACAAGACCUCCUUAAAGAAAUACAGGCAUUGCCACCUCUCCCAGAUCCCGUCACCCGAAUUGCCACCCCUCCAUUGGAUCCCCCAGGUACCUCAGACACUGACGAGUCGGACUAUGACAUCCCGAGCACACCUCCGACGUUACGCUCGUUGGCAACGGAAACGAAGGUGCUCUACCGUGAUGUGAUCAAGUUUUCUUCUUCCCCUCGCGUAGUGGACCUUUCGGUGCUCCGUGCUAAACGCGCAGAAGGCGAAGGAAAGGCCGGAAGGGGUUGGUUGCGCAAGAAAGACAUGCCCGCACAUCAAAUUCUCGAGCGGAAAUUGGAAGCGGAACGCUUGCGCAAGCGCGUGAAAGGUCUUCUGGAUCGCGCGAGCGUGCUUUGA